UUUAACUCUGCCUGUGCUGAAUAGGCAGCAGAACCUUUGCACUCAUGAAACUGAACGCACUGUGGAGGAUGCUGAUGUAAGACGCUAAAUUAACUCUGUGUUACAGUAAUGGCGGACCAGACAGCAGCGAAAGGCGUUGCCUUGGCACCUCCGAUCACCAGUGAUGAUAUGACCACGGUAAUACUUCACCUUUAUCCGGCAACCCAGAGCGGUUCAGACACGGAGGAGGAAGUAACCCCUCUGAAUGUUGGCUCCCUGAAAUACUCUACUACUCUGACCAACAGGCAGCGAGGGAACAUGGUAUCCGUAUUGCCUGCUACACUGGAUUCCCUGUCUAUACAUCAGCUUGCUGCACAAGGAGAGUUGACCCAGCUCAAAGAAUAUCUUCAGAAAGAUGAGGCAUUACUAAAUCGUCCCGAUGAGCGAGGGUUUACACCUCUGAUGUGGGCAGCUGCUUUUGGAGAGAUAGAGACUGCCCGUUACCUACUUGAUAUGGGAGCAGAUCCUCACUUUUUGGCUAUUGAACGAGAGAGCGCUCUGUCCCUGGCCAGUACUGGAGGAUAUUCUGACAUUGUGGUGUUACUCCUCAGUAAGGAGGUGGACAUCAAUAUAUAUGACUGGAAUGGAGGAACACCUUUGCUGUAUGCAGUGCGAGGGAAUCAUGUGAAAUGCGUUGAGGCUUUGCUCGAACGAGGGGCUGAUUUGACCAUGGAGGCAGAUUCCGGGUACACGCCGAUGGAUCUUGCUGUGGCUCUGGGUCAUAAGAAAGUUCAACAGGUCAUCGAAAAUCAUAUUCUGAAACUCUUCCAGAACAAGGAGUGAUGAUCAGAGAGCCAAGUAACCUAGGAAAGGAUCAACAGAACGGCUUAUAAUGGGUAUCUAGGGGACAUGAUGGACUUUGUCUCUGUCACAGAUUAUUAUGAAGAAUAGCUGUGGAUGGUACCACGUCUCCAGUAGAGCAUCCAGCAGGGUCCACAAACUGUCACAAGUGGAUAUUUCUUUCAUGAAAUGGCUUGAUUGCAGUUUAAAUGUAUUAUUGGCUGUAUUUGUUUGGGGGGGGGGGUCGGUAUGGGCUGAGAUACCACCUGGCAUUGGCACUGUGUUCAGCCAAUGAAGUAGCAUCGGGCUGACCAAUGUGGUCCUACUCGUUUGGUAUGAAUUUAUCAGUAUGGGGUUUAGUUACUAAAAGGUGAGUUGUGGUUGCAGUUGCACCAGUAGGACUUUUUCCCAACAGUUUCAUGUCAUGUGAAUAAAUCUCUUUUGUGUUAUCUUGGGAGGGAGAAAUUCACAGACAAUAGUGAAAAGCUAA